AUGGCCGCCCCUCUAUACGUGACCCAGUCCGGUCGUCUUUUCCACGCCGGUCUCAUCCUCAUCGUCACCGUCGGACUUCCGGCCAGAGGAAAGACUCAUAUCAGUCGAGCUCUCGAAAGGUAUCUACGAUGGAUGGGCGUUAAGACUACCGUCAAGAGUCUCGGCGACUACAGACGCCGAGUGCUGGGAGGAGCGAAGCACAUUCCUAAGGAUUACUACCUCCUGAACGGUCCGGUCAGCGGGGAGACGACAGCGCUGCGCGAUAAGAUCCGAGUAGAGCUUGAAGAUCAGAUUUGGAAGUUCUUCACGGAGGAAGGAGGACAAGUGUGCAUCUACGAUGCGAACAACUCCACCAAGGAGGCGAGAAAGCAGGUUUCGGAAACGUUCGGAUCCAAGGGUGUUCACGUAAUCUAUCUCGAAUCUUUGUGCGACAAGGAUGAAAUCAUCACGGCCAACAUUCGCGGCGUCAAGCUCUCUUCACCCGAUUACAAGGGUUGGGACCCCGAGCGUGCGGUCGCAGACUACUGGGCGCGAAUCAAGGAUCAAGAGAAGCACUACGAUACCGUUACCGCCGAUGAGGGACCGUUCAUCAAGAUUACGAACGUUGGGGAGCGGAUCGAAGUCAACCGCAUCGAGGGAUACUUGCAGACUCGAUGCUGCUUCUUCCUGAUGAACAUCCACACAAAGCCGCGCACAAUCUACUUCGCAAGGGUAAGAGGCGCAUCGUUGUCCGAAACUGACGCGCAGUCCGGCCAGUCUCUGAUUGAACACUCCUACAAGGCCGACUCUGAUUUGUCACCAGCGGGAUGGGAGUACGCGGAGCGGUUGAAGGCGGCGGUUAGCGCCCGUCGUCGGGCCGUGCGCGAAGAGCGUAAGGCUCGUGGAGAGCCGGUCGACGACAAUAACCUCGUGGUUUGGACAUCUGCGAGACGGCGCGCGCAUCACACUGCGUGGCCGUUCGUACAUGCUGGCUACAAGGUUGUGCAGAAGCCAAUUAUGGGAGAGAUCAAUCCAGGGGUGUGGGACGGUCUCUCUGCGCAGGAGGCCAUGGACAGGUACCCGGAUGAAUGGGAGCGCUUCCUGGCCGAUCCGUAUGCCCACCGUGCACCUCGUGCCGAGUCCUACCACGACUUGUCCGUCCGCCUCGAACCUAUCAUUUUCGAGCUGGAGCGUUGUCAAGACGAUCUCCUCAUCAUCGGCCAUGCGUCCGUCAUCCGCUGCCUGCUGGCAUACCUGGUCGGUCUUCCCCCGAACGAGGUGCCCGCCAUCGAGAUGGCUCGUGGGGACCUUAUCGAGGUCACUCCCGCCAGUUACGGCGUCGUUUCGCGCGCCUUCCACUUCUGGUCGGGCGAGGGCCGUGGUGACUCUGAGGGCAAGAACCUGUACGAGAACUUUGCCGAGAGCGUGUCAAGUGGUGCCGCUGGCAUCGGUAUGGCCAUGUUCUCGAACGAGACAGAGAACAUGGAGCGUGAAGCCGAGGCCGAGGAAGCCAAGGACAAGGAGGCCAAGGCCGAAGUUGUUCGCGCCAAGCUCAAGGAGCGCCUGCAGCGUGGCGGCGAAGGCACGAUGAGUGUGCCUCACAACCGUGGCGGCGGAACGCCGGAAGAGCCCCCAAGUGCUCCGGGUGCGCCUCAGCGCAAGAUGAGCAUCCUCGAGAUCUGA